ACAUCAUUCUUUCAAGUUUCAACCUUCAUUUGAAGUCUACAAAAAUGGAACUUGAACUGGCCCUUUCUCUCUCUUCAUCAGCUUCUUCUUCAUCUUCAUGUUUUUCACACUUUGAUCUCAACAAUUACAGCUAUGGUAAUGUAGAAGCAAAAGAAGUGUUUGAGUGCUUGAAAAUGCACCCUUUGAAGAAGAUGAAGAAGCCUUGUAUCAAUAGUGAUGCUUAUAAUGGCUUCCAUGUACCUCAAACAUUGCCUCUUCUUUUCUGCAACAAAAGUAACCAAGAACAUGAUGUCAAUGAUGAUGCCAUUAAUGACGUUGAAUCCACAUUUAUAUUCAUAAAUCACAAAACUAAGGGAGAGGAAAACGGUGUGGUUGGGUGGCCGCCGGUGAAAUCAAGUAGGAAGACGCUUUGCCACCGUGGCGGUUGGGGUGGAGGGUCAAAGUCAACGUAUGUUAAGGUGCAAAUGGAAGGAGAUGGGAUUGCAAGAAAGAUUAACCUUAAUCUACACCAUUCUUACAACACACUCGUCCACACCUUAGCCCAAAUGUUCGGGAAGUGUAAUGAAGAUGUGAAACUAACGUAUCAAGACAAAGAAGGCGACUGGUUGCUUGCCGGAGACGUGCCUUGGGGAUCGUUUGUGGAAAACGUUAAGCGUCUAAAACUAGUGAAGAAAACUUGAUGAUGGAUUGACAAAGAUAGAAGACCAUACGUGGUCGUUUUGCAUGAACUUGUGCUAGAAACAUGAGAAAAUGGAUGGGAAAUAUAUAAAUGUGUGUUAUGAAUACAAUGUUUUGGCUAGUUUUGUGAGGUUUUGUUUUAAUGGAUUCAGUCUUUUAUUUA